AUGGCUUUCAUCGUGUGGACUGCAACACAUGACGCACCACAACUUUUUCAUGGCUUCCAGAGUCGCUCUUCCCUGGCUCAGUUAGGACCACGUUGUCUGGUCGAGCGACAACAUACCAGCGCUACCUUGGAGUUUCAGACAUGUCGUCAAAAUAGUGUGGCUCCGCACCACAUCCAACGCCCUUUCUUUCUAUGA